GAGCGCCCGGGCGGGCGGCGAUGGACGAGCCGCUCUGCUGCUGCGAGUACGUGGACCGGCGGGGCCAGCGCAGCCACCUGGCGGCGUGCUGCUGCGACUGCCAGGAGCUGGACGAGGGCUGCGACAGGUGGCUGGCGUGCAAGUCCCUGCCCCCGGGAGCGCUGGAGAGCAUCGCCGACACCAUCGCGGACCGGCUGCGGGUCCCGUGGUUCUCGGGGGCCGUGAAGAUCAACGUGAGCCUCGUGCCGCCGCUCGUCCUGCUGCCCGUGCUGCUCCACGUUGCCGCCCUGCACUUCCUGCUGGGGCUCCUCGUCCUGACGUCCCUGCCCGUGGUGGUGCUCUGGUACUACUAUCUCACCCACCGGAGGAAGGAGCGGACCCUCUUCUUCUUGAGCCUGGGGCUCUUCUCCCUGGGCUACAUGUACUAUGUGUUCCUCCAGGAGGUGGUUCCCCGGGGCCACGUGCAGCAUUCCCAAGUGGUCGCUCUCACCUGCGGGUUAAUCCUUAUGCUCGCAGCGUUGUCUCGAGCCAAGAAAGACCCUGGCUACCUUCCCAUUCCAGCAGGCAAUGAGAAGCCAUCGCACCAGGUCUUGCCCAACAGGAGUGUUAGAGGGAGCUCCAGCGGGCUCCAUGGUGCUGCCAGCAGUCGUGCUGUGAAUGGGGAGGCCAAAGGCUAUACCAGGAUGGCAGCUGAUGAGCCAGAAGGUGUGAAAAAGGACUGGUGCACCAAAUGCCAGCUGGUCAGGCCAGCCCGAGCAGGGCACUGCAGGCUUUGUGGCAGGUGUGUAAGAAGGCUGGACCAUCACUGCGUCUGGAUUAACAGCUGCGUAGGGGAGCAGAACCAUCAAGCAUUCAUCCUUGCACUCUCCUUCUUCAUGCUCACCUCUGUGUAUGGGAUUAUGUUGACCCUGCACACCGUCUGUAGGGGCCAGACUCCAUUUGUGGCAUUGUUCUACUGCCCUGGGGCCUAUUCUGACUACAGCUCUGCUCUGUCGUUCACCUGUGUAUGGUACUGUGCCAUUGUAACAGCUGGCAUGGGAUACAUCCUCCUCAUCCAGCUGUUGAACAUCAGCUACAACGUGACCGAGAGGGAAGCUCGGCUGGCUCUGCGGGACAACACUGGGCGCAGACUCCUGGGUGGGUUAGUGAUAGACACUGGCCAGUAUAACAGGGGGUUCCUAUGCAACUGGGGCCAUUUCCUGAGCCUGGGGUCUUCUCCUCCACAGCGCUCUGCCGAAGACAUCGUGUGAUCAUCCCUCUUUCUGCAGAUGAUGUUGACUGACUCUUUUUAGCAGGGGAGCGGCCCCUUCCACUGGGACUCCUUUCUCGCACACCCUUCCUUCGUGGGCGGUGUAUGGGCUACCUUGUCCCCCCACUGACAACAUCAGAGGUUUUCCCAGGAGGAAUGGUUGGUUCUUCAUGUGCUGUCAGCCAGCAAUAGGAUGCACAAAGCAGUAAGCCAUAUGCACAAACAUGGAGAGAAGGAGCCUGCUGCUGCCUUUUACCACUGUGGGAAACAGGAAGAAGAGCACAAGAUUUUGAGAACUUGAGCUUUCAUUAGGUGUGAACCCUGGCAUCAAGAGGAACCCACUGCUGGGCUUCAGAGCAUGCACUGGUUCCUGCAAAGGUGGAGGAAUCCCUGGUUUGUGCCUACAUGCAGCAUUUUGGAGAUGUCAGGAGGAUGAACUUUGAAUACAGAUAACAGAUGGACCCCUGCAGAAGCCAGGCUGUUUGGCUAAAAGAGACUGUCUAGGCAGUCACUGGGCAGUGCUCUCCUCUCUGGUGCAUUUAUUUGUUUUUACUAUCUCUUAUUCCAUCCAGCUGUGUACAUGCUUCUAUUAAGUGCCUUUGUGAGCUACAUUCCUCUAGGGCUGGAUCUGUGCUGGUUUGAAGGCUUGGCUCAUCUCCUUCAAAGUGUUUUUGCUCUGAUUAUGGAUUGUGACUUGAAACAGGGGGUAAAUAUACCAAGGAGAUGUUUUGAAGCAAUACGCAACAGUGAACUCUGAGGGCAAAACAGGAGUGCUGUCUGUCUAGUGUUACUGUAGCUUUAUGGAAGUUACCUUUCCCCCUCCAUCAUGGGAUAAGGCAGUCUGUGGGAGAGUAGGCAGUCCUACUAAAUGUUUUGGUAGGUAGCAUUUGGUCAGUUGUGUUGCUAAUAACGUAGUGAUCCCAUGUGCCCUCAACCCAGUUACUGUGAACUACCUGACUGUAGAUCUGUUUUCUCAAGCCAAGAAGCCAAGGAACAGAUCAGCCUCUGCGUAUGUAGGGAGAGGAAGAGGAUGUGUUGGAGGUCUCUGUUUUGGGGAUAGAUGACCUGUACUGGCAGGUGAAUGUUAACGUGUUGAAUGUGCUCUGCAAGAAUGCCAUUUGUUUCUCAUUAGCCUAGAACUGUAUUAUUGCCUGGACUUGAGCUUCAGCUGAAAUAACAAGGUUUUGAUGGAAAGGGUUUCUGGUUUUUUGUGUCUGGAAUUUAUUAUUACUUUUUGUUUUAAACCCUUUAUGUGUGCUGUAGGCCCUGCAGUGAAAAGUCUGGCUGGAAGAGCUGGAGACCAUAGCACUAGAGUUACAUGUUGGAACUAAGAUGCAGAAGCAGAGAUAAGAGCCUUGUCCUGGCUACUGAUGUUUUUAGGUGUGUGUGCAGGAGGCACAGAUCACGCCUGCUCCUGACUCCAUUUGCAUGUCAGGCAGCUGGGGGAUGUUGGCAGAGUGAUGCAAAUUCUGUGUGCUGUUGUGCAUUAGCUUUGAAGAAUGGAUGGACUGUAUGUGGUGCCAAAAGAAAGCAGGGUUGGGGGCGUCCCUUAAGAUCCCUGCUCUGUUUGGUGUGUAUGCUCUUGAUUACGUGUCCCAGUUUAAUGUAGAGACCGUGUCCCUCUUUGCACUGUUUGGUUUCCUUAAGUGGCACUUUCCAUAACCAGCAGAUAAUGGAUGAGCAGCUGCCCUUGGAAUAUGUCUGUGCAGAGUUACUGAGUUUCCCUUAUUUCCUCUUACCCUCUGGUCAUCCAGUGAGCAAUCCUUUUUAAGUAGGUAAAGAGACACCUCUCUUGCUUCCUGCCUCUAACCAAAUACACUGAGAGGUUUCUGACUGCUUCCCUGGCCCUAAUGUGAAUAAAAAGACACCCAGCUAGACUGUACAGACUGUUCCUCUACAACCUUCUGUUUGGUUGUUGGAGCCUGUCCCUAGGAGUACAAAUUGACACAAAGUCCAUGUUUCCACAUGAGUUUUCUGUAAAUGUUUCCAUGGCACAUAUGCAUUUUGUGAUGCCUGCUGAGAUGAACUGGAGCUUGGCAACCCUGGAAACAAGGAUGCUGUGGGCUAGGAGGUUUGUGAUCUUAGAUUUCAUCCUGCUGACGCUAGGGAAUAUGAGGCAGAAUGACUUCUUGGGCUAAAGGAACCCCUGCAGUGGAGACAGCCAACUUCUCUGUCCCUGUGUGCACAGAAAUCAGUCAUGUGCCCACGAACUGAACAGGCUCUGGGAGCAUUUGCAGUUUUGAGACAAGUGGUUUCUCAGAGUCCUGCUACUCCUGGCUGGGAGAAAGCAGAGCAGGUCGCAGAUCAUUUCCCUGGCAGCGCUCACCCUGUGGUGCUCAAUUUCUCCUACAGGCAGAGAUUCCUUGCUACCUUGCAGCCUGUAUGUCAGUGUAGCCU